UCAACACAGAGAGAGACAGACAGAGAGAGAGAGAGAGAAAACAGGAGGACGGACUGAGAGAAGGAGAAAAGGAGAGAUAGAGAGCGGCUUCUAACCGACAGCGGAGCUCGGAGGAGGAGGGAUGGGCUGCAGCCACAGCAAGAAGAAAAGCAAAGGCAAGAAGGGAGAGAAGAACCAGAAAGCCCAGAGCCGCCGCCAUGACGCAGGUAACCGUGCGUCUGGCGGUCCCGACGUCUGUCUGCAGAAGCAGCUGGAGCGCUUCGAGUGGCAGCUGAGGAUUUUAAAGGAGGCCGGGGGGAACUCGGAGCGCGCCGAGCUGCUGAAGGCCCACGCUGAUGAAGAGGUGUGCGCCCUCGUCCUGAGCAUCCUCAACAAGGUGAAAACGGAGACGACGGCUGACUUGAUCGUUCUGCAUGAACAGAAAAGUAAAACUGCUACCGAAGAACACGAGAGAAACGUGGAAGAGCUGCAGAAGAAACACGAACAAGAGAAAACUGAACUGACAGAAAAGUUUCAGGCUGCUGAGAACGUCCUCAAGGGUGAAGUGGAUCAGCUGACGGCAGAUCUGCAGGUUUACACCGACCUGAAGAGGAGAGUCAAAGAGUCGACGUUUAAGAAGGACCUGCAGAGGAAUAUUAAGGCCCAUGGCAGCCCAGGUGCAUUCUGGGAGUCUGAGCAGGAGUCUCUGCUGUUUGUGAUCGAGAUGAAGAGUGAGCGCGUGCAGGAGCAGAGCAGGAAGCUGCAGCAGAUGGAGGCUCUGACGGAGAAGAAUCAGUCUCUGGAGGACCAGAUGGUCUACAUCCUGCAGCAGAAUGAGGAUCUCAGAGUCCGGAUAGACAACUGCCAGACUCUCAUUCAGCAAUUAUCCAAGGAGCAGCAGGACCUGAAGGGGGCGCUGGAGAGGCAGGCGCUGAUAAACCAGAAUCUUUCUCAGGAAAAAGAGCAGCUGAUGUUCAAACUGAGACACAGAGACUCGUGUCCCAGCAUGCACCUGCCCGCCAUGAUGCAGGAGAUCGCUCCCAGAUGAUCGCACAGAUCCCCGCGGCGCCGUACAUAGAAACCAGACUUUUUUAUUUUUUAUUUUUUUAAUUCACACGGUAACAUGCCGGUAGUCGUGCUGGUUUCUCCGCCCAGUAACUUGAGAGGGGGGGGGGGGGCUUUAAACUCAAACUGGGCGACAGCCCCCUGUGUUACAGAGAGAAACGCUUAGCGUCCUCACAGCUCUGCAGCUCUGGGCCCCCCCGAUCCAGGUCUCCAAGUCGGAUCUUGUCUUUAUCAAUUCAGAAAAACCACAAGGCUGAAUACUUCACAGUGUACAGACUGAUCUCGUGAAGUGGCGUAUGUAUGACAACGCCAAUUCGUAUGCCAUUUUUGGCGCGUUAUCAGGACGCAUAAUCGCUUUUUAGCGUGUUUAGCAACGCUGUUCGGGCCUCCAUUGACCUACAUUACCUGUGAAUUAUUGCCGUAGCGAGUAGUAUGAAAGAACGGAGGUUGGUUGGGUAAAACACAGGACUUUCACCCAGGAUUGCAUCCCGUGUGUGGUGUUUAUCAACCUUUUUAUAUAUUUUUUUAAGCCUUCCCCAAUGUUUCUUUCCUAAACCCAACCGGUUAUUGGUUUCCUAAGCGUGUGACGUUGGUCACAGU